AUGAAUAUGUUGGGGAACGUCACGGAACAGCUAAGCAAUUUCAGCAGCCUUGAUGAUGAGAUGCAAACUCUCGGAAGCAAAAUUGAAUCUUUGAGCUGCCGAGCAAAUGAUGUAAUUGCAAUGCUGCAAGAAGCAGAGUUUCGAACGGAAAAGAAACGAAAGAGAGAGGUCGAGAAUUGGUUGGAUAACGUGCAAAAGAAGAAAAUUGAAUUUCAAAGCUUAGAACAAGAUGUAAGAGGAAGCAGUGUUUUUUAAAAACUACAGUUGGGAAAACGUGCUGAGAAAAUGAUUGGUGACGUGAUAGAACUUGUAGAGCAAGGUAAAUUUCCUGAGGGGUUGUUACUUAAUGUGCAUGACACCAAAGCAGUGCCGUUGCUGACCACAAAAUUAAUAGGUCAGAAAUUUAAACAGAAUUUGGAAGAAGUUUGGAAUUGUUUAAUAAAAGAUAAUAUCAUGCACAUUGGAAUUUAUGGAAUGGGGGGAUCGGGGAAAACAGCCUUAGCAUCCCAUAUUCAUAAUUUUCUUUUACAAAGUUCUGAAACUUCUGACGUCCAUGUUUAUUGGCUCACUAUAUCACAAGAUUGGAGCAUUGAUAAAUUGCAGGACGACAUUGCCAACAUGCUAAAGUUAGAUCUCACAAAAGAGAAUGAAAGGAAGAAAAGGGCAGCCAAACUCUCACAAGCAUUGACAAGGAUGAAGAAAGUUGUACUUAUCUUGGACGACGUGUGGAAACAUUUUAGUCUUGAGGAGGUGGGAAUUCCUUGUAGACUUAAUGGAUUGAAGUUGAUUUUUACUACACGCAUGUUGAACGUGUGUCGUAAGAUGGAAUGCCAAGAAAUAAUCAAAGUAGGUCCUCUUUCUGAGGAUGAAGCAUGGAAUUUAUUCUUGGAGAAACUUGUGCCUGAAGGGGGUGAAAUUCCAUGGCAAAAUGAUCCAGAAAUAAAAGAGACUGCAAUGUCCAUGGCAAAAAGAUGUUGCAGCUUGCCACUCGCAAUUAUUACAGUGGCUAGAAGCAUGAUGGGGGAGAACGACAUUCAUGAGUGGAGGAAUGCAAUGCGAGAAUUGAAAGAAUUCAUCACCAAGCACGGAGAUAUGGAAGACGAUGUAUUCAUGAAAUUAAAAUUUAGCUACAAGCGAGUGAAGGAUGAAAAGUUGAAAGAUUGUUUCUUGUAUUGUGCACUUUAUCCUGAAGACCGUAGAAUAAGAAGAGAUGAAUUGAUACCCAAAUUUAUUGUGGAGGGACUGAUAGAUAGAAUGAAGACGAGGCAAGCACAAUUUGACAAGGGUCACGCUAUGCUAAAUGAACUUGAGAACAUAUGCUUACUGGAAAGUUGUGAGGAGGACAGUCUCCCUUGUGUGAAGAUGCAUGAUUUGAUGAGAGAGAUGGCACUGGAGAUUGCAGGUCGUCAAUUGAUGGUAAAGGCUGUAGGGAAAGUACCAAAAGAGCAGGAAUGGACGGAAGAUCUAAAGAGAAUUUCCUUGAUGGGAGAUUUCAUAGAAGAUAUUCCACCAGGCAUGUCACCAAAGUGUCCUGGGUUAUCAACAUUGAUAUUGCAAUGUAAGUGGGGUUUAAACUGGAUUCCUAAUAGUUUUUUUGAGCAAAUGAGUUCCCUUCGUGUUCUCGAUUUAUCUUUUACUGGAAUUGUGGAGUUGCCUAGUAUUAUAUCGGACUUGGAGAAUCUCACUGCAUUGGUUCUUAGCUGGUGCGGAGGACUCAUAUUUGUGCCUCCUUUGGGGAAGCUUAGGGCAUUACAGUUAUUGGACCUCAGUAAUACUUGGAUCAAAGAAGUACCGCAAGGUAUGGAAAUGUUGGUCAACCUCAAAUGCCUAUAUAUGGAUGGCAUAAUAGGUCUGGAGUCAUUUCCAUUUGGGAUAUUACCCAAACUCUGCAGUCUCCAAGAUUUUCGAACUGGUUCAAUGAAGAUACGAGUAGAGGAAUUGGAGGGGUAGGGGCAGCUGGAAAAUUUUGAAGGGUGCCUGUAUAGUAUGUUUGAUCUUAAUAGAUAUAUUGGCAAAUCCGAUCACUUUAAGCAGUUGAACACCUACCGUCUUCAUGUAGGCGGAUAUUUAUAUGAAUAUCAGGUUGCCGUAUAUGCAUAUGAAAAAAAAGCGGUGCUUACAAAUUGUUGUUUAUAUAGGCUUUUGGUGCUGCCAGAUAUCAUUAGUCACCUGGAAAUUCAUAGUUGUCACAUUUAUAACUUGCAACUUUGUGGAGUUGAAAAAGAGAGACAUUGCGCUCCACUUGGAGUAACUGCAACUCCACCUGGCACCCUUUCCAAUCUUAAAGAGCUGGAGAUCAGUAUGUGUCAGAAAAUGAAGAAGCUGUUGACGCCUAGGAUGCUGGAGAACCUCCCAAACCUUGAAACUAUUAGAGUCGAGCACUGUUAUAAAAUGGAGGAGAUAAUAGGAGAUGAGGAAGACGAAUUAAUGGGCACAAGCAACAACCAUCCUUCUUCUUCUUCUUCUUCUUCUUCUUCUUCUUCUACCAUUUUCACCCUCCCAAAUUUAAGGUUAUUGGAACUGUAUUACCUCCUAGAAUUGGAGAGCAUCUGCAAGGGUUUGAUGGUUUGUGAUUCUCUUGAAAUAAUUUGUAUAAGGGUGUGUCGAGAGCUGAAGAGGCUCCCUCUAUCUCUGCCCCUUGUUCAUGGCCAGCCAUCUCCUCCUGCCGCUCUUAAAAAGAUCCAGAUAAGCAAAGCAGAAGAAGAAUGGUGGGAAUCACUGGAGUGGGACCACCCCAAUGCUAAGGAUGUCCUUCAACCAUUCCUUGAUUGGUUCUAGUAUUGAAGGAAUGAAUGACUGGGCACAGGAUAUGACCAAAUGUUUAAAGAAAUGGUUGGUCAGAGUCAAGUCGAUCUCCAGGUGGUAACCAAUAUUUUGAUUCUUUCUCAAAUGAGCAAGCUAGCAAAUCUUGGAGGACCUUCAACCAUUUGGUUUUGUUCAUAAUUCAACACUCAGUUCAUUCAGUCUACCUGUGGUCUGUUGAAUUUUUUUGCUUCAUCUCCGCCUAAACUAUGUCUGUAUAUUAUUUUGUAUGCUUGGACGACCUUCAACCAGUUGGAUUUGAUGAUAUUAUUUUGUAUGCUUCACUUCAUUUAUUUUGAAUUUUUUUUUGAAUGGGAUAGAUUUUGAAUGAAGUUAAAAAAAUUAACUUUUAAA